AUGAAUGAGUCUGCUGAGGCCCAGACUCUCACGGGUACCUUGCUAUCCACUAUCCGAUUGCAACGCCAUCUCGGUGCUCGCAUCAUCAUCUGCACGCAAGAGCCUACCAUCUCCCCAGUACUACUGGACCUGUGCUCCGUCACUAUUGUCCAUCGGUUCACCUCCCCCGCAUGGAUGCAAAGUCUCAAGGCUCACUUAGCAGCUAUAGCUCCAGGCGUGACCGACCAAGUGCCAGAUGCGAGUGAUCGACAGGUAGAUUCAACGAGAGAGCUGAUCUCAGGGGCGAAGAACCAUACUACAAGCUCCAUCUCUAAGAAGAUCGUGGGGCUAGAAGUAGGAGAGGCGCUUAUGCUCCCGCCCAGUGCGAUAAUAGAUGUAGACGUGGCGAGCAGCAGUGCCUCGAGAUAUACCAGGCUUGGCACGUCGUUUUUGGAAGUCAAGGUGAGAGCGAGGCUGACGGCUGAUGGAGGCAAAAGUGUCCUGGCUGUUUAG